AUGGCAUCUCUCAUUUCCUUGGCAGAGAUCCCCACUGUCUCACGCCUGUACCGGCUGAAGAAGCUAGUCCCGGCAUCUUCAUCCAGCAACAUCCCAUCUCAGACCAUCAAUGACAUCAUCUCGCUCAUCCGCUCCGACAUCACGAAGCUGCAAGUCGACGGUAUCGUCAAUGCUGCUAAUCAAUCUUUGCUCGGCGGUGGUGGUGUCGAUGGUGCAAUUCAUCGAGCUGCUGGUCCCGAGCUGCUUGAUGAAUGCAAGGACCUGGACGGUUGUGACAUCGGGGAUGCCAAAACCACUGCAGGUUACCAUCUCCCCUGCAAGAACGUAAUUCAUACUGUGGGCCCCGUCUACCAAAAAGAGAAGCGCGGUGACCCAGCCCGUCCGGAGAUUCUGCUUCGUUCGUGCUAUCGACGUAGUCUAGAGGAGGCGGUCGAGUACAAUGUGAAGAGCAUCGCAUUUGCAGCUAUCAGCACAGGAGUCUAUGGUUACCCCAGUGGUAAGGCUGCACUGGCUGCUGCUGAUGAAGUGCGUAAGUUUCUGGAGGCACCUGGAAACGAGGGCAAGCUUGAGCGGGUCAUCUUUUGCAAUUUCGAACAGAAGGAUGAGAAUGCAUACGAGGAUGCGAUUCCCCAAAUUUUUCCUCCUACUGAACAGGAUCUGCCUGUCAACGACUAA